AUGUCCACACUCGAAGAUCUCGAUGACAUGGAGAGAGAGGAGAAGGAGGAAAAGAAGGACGACGGCGACAAAGAUGGCAAGAAGCCUGAUCAGGACGGUGACGCAGAGAUGAAGGACGCGGACAGUGAUAAAAAAGGAGAAGAGAAAGAGGAGGACAUAUUCGACCCUGAGAUCCUACAUUCAAGCACAAGAGACAUCAUCACGCGGCGGCGACUUCUUGAGAACGAUAUGAGGAUCAUGAAGAGCGAGUUCCAACGCUUGACACAUGAGCAAGCAGCGAUGAAGGAGAAGAUUAAGGAUAACCUAGAUAAGAUUGAGAAUAAUAGACAGCUCCCUUACCUCGUCGGCAACGUCGUAGAGCUUCUGGAUCUCGAUGUCGAGAAGGAGGCCGCGGAAGAAGGUGCCAAUAUCGACCUAGACGCAACUCGCAUUGGCAAGUCCGCAGUCAUCAAAACCUCCACCCGCCAAACCAUAUUCCUCCCUCUCAUCGGCCUCGUCGAUCAUACCGCUCUCAAACCCGGGGACCUCAUCGGCGUCAACAAAGACUCAUACCUCGUUCUCGACACCCUACCCGCUGAAUAUGACAGUAGGGUCAAGGCUAUGGAGGUCGAUGAGAAGCCUACAGAGAAGUAUACCGAUGUAGGUGGUCUAGAUAAGCAGAUCGAGGAGCUUGUGGAAGCUAUAGUUUGGCCUAUGAAGGAAGCGGAGCGGUUUAAGAAGAUUGGUAUCAAAGCUCCUAAAGGGGCGCUAAUGUACGGCCCCCCGGGGACCGGCAAGACCCUCCUCGCCCGAGCCUGCGCCGCCCAAACAGACGCCACCUUCCUCAAGCUCGCGGGCCCCCAACUCGUCCAAAUGUUCAUCGGCGACGGCGCCAAGCUCGUCCGUGACUGCUUUGCCCUCGCCAAAGAAAAAGCCCCCUCAAUCAUCUUCAUCGACGAGCUCGAUGCCGUGGGCACUAAACGCUUCGAUAGCGAAAAGAGCGGGGACAGAGAAGUUCAACGAACUAUGCUCGAAUUACUCAACCAACUGGACGGCUUCGCAUCCGACGACCGCGUCAAGGUCCUGGCCGCCACCAACCGCGUCGAUGUGCUUGACCCGGCGCUGCUGCGUUCAGGACGUUUAGAUCGCAAGAUCGAGUUUCCACUGCCCAACGAGGAAGCCCGGGCACAGAUCUUGAAGAUCCACAGCCGAAAGAUGACGGUAGAUGAUGCGGUCAACUGGCCCGAGCUGGCGAGAAGUACGGAUGAGUUUGGGGGAGCGCAGCUGAAGGCUGUGUGCGUUGAGGCAGGGAUGAUUGCGUUGAGGAAGGGGAUGGUGAAGAUUGGGCAUGAGCAUUACGUGGAUGCUAUUGCGGAGGUCCAGGCGAAGAAGAAGGACACGGUCAAUUUCUACGCUUGA